CCCAGACCCCGGCCUCCAGCACCGAGGCAGGAGGCAGGGAGCAGCAGAAGCGGGAGGAGGACGAGGAGGAGGAGGAGCCGUCGCAGGAUGAAGGAUCGGACUCAGGAGCUGCGGAGUGCGAAAGACAGCGAUGAUGAAGAGGAGGUGGUUCACGUGGAUCGGGACCACUUCAUGGAUGAGUUCUUUGAACAGGUGGAAGAGAUCCGGGGCUGCAUCGAGAAGCUGUCCGAGGAUGUGGAGCAAGUGAAAAAACAGCAUAGCGCCAUCCUGGCCGCGCCCAACCCAGAUGAGAAGACCAAACAGGAACUGGAGGACCUCACUGCAGAUAUCAAGAAAACGGCCAACAAAGUUCGGUCCAAGUUGAAAGCUAUCGAGCAAAGCAUCGAACAGGAGGAGGGGCUGAACCGGUCCUCCGCGGACCUGCGCAUCCGCAAGACGCAGCACUCCACUCUCUCCCGGAAGUUCGUGGAAGUAAUGACCGAAUACAACGCCACCCAGUCCAAGUACCGGGACCGCUGCAAGGACCGGAUCCAGCGGCAGCUGGAGAUCACCGGGAGGACCACGACCAACGAAGAGCUGGAAGACAUGCUGGAGAGCGGGAAGUUGGCCAUCUUCACGGAUGAUAUCAAAAUGGACUCACAGAUGACGAAGCAGGCCCUGAACGAGAUUGAGACGAGGCACAAUGAGAUCAUCAAACUGGAAACCAGCAUCCGUGAACUGCACGACAUGUUUGUGGACAUGGCCAUGCUGGUGGAGAGCCAGGGUGAGAUGAUCGACCGCAUUGAGUACAACGUGGAACAUUCCGUGGACUAUGUGGAACGAGCUGUGUCGGACACCAAGAAAGCUGUGAAAUAUCAGAGCAAGGCCCGGAGGAAGAAAAUCAUGAUCAUCAUUUGCUGUGUGGUGCUGGGGGUGGUCUUGGCGUCAUCCAUUGGGGGGACGCUGGGCUUGUAGGCCCCCCACCCCUAUCUCCCUCAGACCCCUCCCCCACCACAUUGGGAGCAAUACCCCCACAUCCUUUUCACUCCAUCCCCCGCUCCAGGCUCAUCCCCAAGACAGACCCAGGCAGCCCCCCUCUCUACCCCCAUCAGACCUUGGAGUCCCUGUCCUCACCCAGCCAUGGACCACCCCCGCCCACGCACGUAGAUAGCAGCAGGCGUGAUUACACAUGCACACCAACAUGCAUGCCGCCGGCACAUGCUCGAGACGUGUGGACACCCCAGCGUGUGUGUGUGUGUGUGUAGAAAGUACCAAGUCACCUUUUUACCCCCCACCUUGAGUCUGUGUGUCUUCUGAGUUUCGUCCCCUUCACCGGGGUUUUGUGUAGACUGUCACCAGGCAUAACACAGCAGCCCAAGCCCUGCUCUGUCUCAUGUGAACAGGUGGGGUGUGUGUGUGUGUGUGUGUGUGCGUGCACACACACAGAUCUGCAGACAAUUUGUGUACAUGGAGUUUUGUCUUUGUGUGCUUGAAUCUAAUGCAAC